AGAAAAUGCUAAUCUGAAUUGUUCAGAAAAAUGUUUAAAGGUCGAGGUUUAAUCUUCUGUUUACUCUUGUGUCUUCAGUUAACAUGUUGUAUAUCAAGACAAAACUUAAAUCGUAAACAGAAAAAAAACAGGAAUAGGAAUGAGCCUACGAACAUAAUAUUACUAAUAGCUGAUGAUUUGGGUUGGAAUCAUGUUUCAUGGCACAAUUCAGAUAUACUGACUCCUAGAAUGGAGGAAAUGUCAAGUGAAGGUAUAAGGAUGGAGAAGUCCUAUGUUCACACUAAAUGUAUAUUUCAGGAAAUGUCAAGUGAAGGUAUAAGGAUGGAGAAGUCCUAUGUUCACACUAAAUGUAGUCCUUCAAGAGCAGCAUUAAUGACCGGCAGAUAUGCUUGGAGGUUAGGAGCCCAGCGAGGGGCUUUUGAACGUUAUCAAGCUGUUGGACUUAACAUAUCUAUCAAGAUUUUACCAGAAUAUCUAAAAGAGGGAGGUUAUGCAACACAUUUGGUCGGAAAAUGGCAUCUUGGAUACUGCAAUACAGCUUACUUACCUAACCAGAGAGGAUUUGAUACAUUCUUCGGAUCAAGGUAUAUAAUCAUAUGA